AUGACAACCUUUUGUAAUAAUCUUGAUACGAUCAAGUGUGUCCUUGCCCUUCUAGCGGGCCUAGAUAGGGGGGCAGGUAAUCAUAUAAAAAAGCACUUGGGGCGCCUAUUGUAUCAAGACCACCUAACUCAUUUGAUUAGAUUGGGAAUAAAUGCCGGCAAUCUUCAAUAUUCUAUAAGCAGGUUCAUAUCCCGUGCGAAUAAAUUGUAUGUGAAAUUGUCUAAAAAUGCUAGGUGGCAUGCAGUGCCAUUUAACCUGGUGAAUAAUGCCAAUGAGCCUUUUGAAAAGUUGAAGCAAUGUCUACCGAAGUUUCUUGCUUCACUGUCAUACUUGUGGUACCAUGUUGAUACUGCGUACGGUUCAGGGGGAGGAGGUGGAUGGGCAGACAAGCGCACCCGGCAUAAUACUCACGCAAUUUGUAUUUAUCUCACUGCUAAGUCGUCCGAUGCUGACAAAUACAAAGGCAUUUUCCCUGGGGGAUUUGAAUUUGAAGAACUUCGUUCUCUGAUGGGCAGAGAUCUGGCUGCUCCAUUAAAAGAACUCUUGACGAAAGAUAGUCAUGGAUACGGCAUGCACAACCAUUUCCGCAAUGUAUUAUUCUUCACCUUAAAAGAGAGGUUGGAAGCUGUAAAUACAGGAAAUGCUGUGGGCGUCGUAUAUCUGUUUUGCCAGAUUGUGGCAAAGGAAACUAAAAAAAGUGCUUUUUACAGUGCUUUGAUUAAAAGUAUUGGAAUCCGAAAAAGGUGUUUCAGUUGGAGAAAAUUAAAAGUCGUAUGUGCCAAACUUAAGCUCGUAUAUGAUGAUAUGUUAAAAAAUGGUUUUGACAUUAUCGGACAUCUUACCAAUAUUUCGCACAUUAGCACGUCGAGUUUCGUCGUAAAAUUUGUCGAGUGGUACAGAAACCAUUAUGACGAGUUGUUGCAAAAUCUAAAGACUAUGGAUUCCACAGUUAAGAAAUAUGAUAUGUUUACAUGGGAGCCAUUCGUGAAGAACGUUUUGUUUCCAAACGGUUUCAUAUUUAAAGAAACAAAAGCGAGUGAUGCGUCCAAUAGUUUGGACCUUUGGCAUUUCAUUGAUGUCAUAGAAAAGCUCAUUGAUAAAGAUGAUGGUUUGAUAGCUCUGAAAAAUGUUUUGGAAUAUGGGAGAUGCCAACCUAAGACAAGGCGUGUACCCACUGGUGCAGACCUGCCAACGCAUCAAGGUCCAGUGACCUUAAAUCAGCAUGAUAGUUUACUUGGCCAGUUUUUUCCUAUUCCACAACCUGUUGUCUCUCGGAAUUCAGUGCAGCAUUUCGAUCGGGAUGAUUUAAGUCAAGGCUCUUCGUACACUACUGACCUUCCGUCAGACAGUGAUACCGACCAGCGUGAUUUGUCCAUUAACCCUCCGAGCGUAGACCCUGUUGCGGCUAAAGGUGGUAAGAAGAAUCAGGUGCCUAGUCCACCACGUCAAGGCUCUCAGUCGAUAGGUGCCUCUGGUCACAGUAAUGGAUCGGUCCAGACUGGCGAGAUGGGUUCUUCUGGCUCGGCUCCACAGGGUGGUCCAAAGUCGCAGGUAGAUCAGGGUCCCGGCCUUUCUCCAGUAUCCAACGUAGAAUCUCCUGGCUCAGGUAGUGGUACGGGAAAGGGUGUCACGGCGUCUCUUCCCGGCCCUGAUGAAUCAAAGACUAACGAUGCCCAAGCUGGUAAAGCCGGCUCCGCUGGCCCACCUGCUCAGGCUCCUCGUAUUCCGAACUCUGGUCACGAUAGUGGUGAAAAUAAGGGAAACAGCGGGGGAGAUGGUACGCAGUUUGAAAAUGCGGAAGGUCAUAUUUCUCCAGUUCAACGGAGUGAUGUAUCGUCAGAUACCACGCUCACUCGUACUACAAGUGUUUCAAGCAUCGAUUCUGGGUCAUCUGGUCCCUCCGGGAAGCCACAUAUUCCUAGUACGCAUUCACGGGACACUGUUUCUAGUCCACGAUCUCCAGCAUCUCCAAGCCUUGUGAAUCCAUUAAAUCAAACUGACUCAAGUCAAGGAUUGGAUAAAGAUGGCGGCCAACACUCAGGUGGCAAUUCGAAUAAUCCUUCGACGAGCGUUGUUAAUUCGAGCCCACAGUCUAGUGUUACCCAAGGCUCUGUGGUUUUAGGUCCCCCACGUGAUUCCGGUGCAAGUUCUCAGCCACCUCCUACUGCGCCUUCCGUUGUUGAAGAUGGAAAAGAUGUGCAUUCCCCUUCUGUCACUACUCAACAAAAUGGCAAAGGCGCACAGGACAGCAGCCGUGAUGAUGCCACGGCAUCGUCUACGGGGGGUUCUUCCUCAGAUGGCGUUGGAAGCAGUGGACAGAGUGGGCCACCUGGGGGCAAGAGCAAACACACGCCGUUUUACUCUGCAUUCGAUUACACCAGUACGCAUACGUGGGACAUUUUCAGGAAGCAGCAUUACCAGCCAACAUUAUUACAUAAGGAUAUAAACCCCCGUGGUCCUUUCAUACGCCGAAAUCAGGACGCCAGUAAUGAUCACAAAGAUUCUCAACCUAGUAGAGAUCAAGCUGUUACUAGGCAGACACCCUUGGGUUCGGAUGUGCGGCGACCAGGGCAGCACGAGCGAAAUAUUCCAUAUAACGGUGUUUUCACUGCUGGCCCUGUCGACCCAUUUGCUAUCUACGGUUAUGGCUUAUCUCAGGCAUACACCUCCGUCAGUGGCCAUUCUCUUGUUUAUAAAAUACCUGAAAAAGGAAAACCUUGGAUUUUGCCAGAUAAAAAUUAUGUGGCGGGAGAGUGGACGGAAAUACAGGAUAGAGUUAAUAGCAUAUUCACCGGGGAGCCUGAGGCUGACGCCAAAGGCCUACCGCAAACAGUGACCCGAGUUUUCGAAGUUUAUGGUAUUCCAACAGGUUACCCGAUAAAACUGCAAAAACCGCCGAUGAAGCCACCCACAUAUUCCAAGAAAAGUAUGCCUUUUCCACCAGUUCCUGACCUUAUAGGGGAAGCAAUUCCGGAUCCUACUCUAAAUACUCGCCUACCUCCACCUCCCAUAGAGAUCAAAGUCAGAGACCCAUAUUCACAGUACGAUACAGUGAACUCUGACAUAGCUCGGAGACCAUCACUGCCAAUUGUUGAGAGUGUAAAAAUACCUCUACCCAGUAUUAAGUACUCACGGCCACCUCCUUCGAAGCCUGAUAAGGACGGGAAUUACGAUGAUCCUGACACUUGGGGGAAUUUUAAAAAUUACGGAUUGUAUAUGUAUCCGAGUCCAGACAUAUGCAGGAAUGCGUGGAACUAUGUGUAUACUUUCCCCAUCCCUCCAACCCAGCUCUCGCCGCCGGACUCAGACCUUUUGCCGUCGCCCACCACCGUCAGAGAAAUGCUCUAUUGGCUAGUCGGCCUUCUUGAGUAUGGCUACAUUGCGAAAAUCGCGGAGUAUGUUGAAGCCAUAUUGCUAGAUUUCAAAAUCAGCUACCAAUUCCCAGAAGUCCUCGGCAUCACGGGGUUUGAAAAUUUAACCAUCUCCUUUGUCGUCGCAACCCUGACCGAGGCCUGCCUAUACGCAGCCAACGUAAUCUACGAAAUGAAAUACUACGAUGAUUACGAAACGGUUAAAAAUUUGCAGUUCGACGCAGUGUAUCGUAAGCUUCAUUAUUCCUCCGAAACCUCCUGCCUCCUUUGCCAACUGCGGGACUACGUCUACGCCUGCCAACACCAGUUGGCGUUCCUAAGGUCGCAAUGUUCACGAGGAAAAUUCCAAGGUGGUUGGAUGGAUCAUAAAUAUGGCAGUGACAUCACUUCUACCACCUCCCCCCUCCAGGCGUUUCUGACUGACAGCCGGAACUCCGCCUUCAAGACUCAUCCCUUCAACCCCUGCGACAUAUGCCUGAAGAGCCGUGUAAAUAUGGGAUUUGGAGCAGAGGAUUUGCCCAAGGAUAUCAAAACUGGUAUUGCGCUUUACAACAUCCUCUCUCCCAACUGCAGCAUCGAUGAUCCCUUGCUGAUAUUGUCACCCUAUCUGGUCUGUCUAACCGGGCGUACGCCGCGGACCACAGGGGAGCUUGUCUCAUUCUUCCAGCAUUUUGGAAAUGAGAUGUAUGUUGCAUUCUCAGGAGAAUUGUCCAAUGUGGGUGCCGCCCUCACCGAGCCUCCAGCGUUGUACCCCAUUUGGGAUCAUCUUGAGGCUCACGACCUCCGAACAGUGCGGGAUAUACGGGGCUCUUACGAUUCCAAAGCUGACCAUCCCAAGACGCUGUCCGCACUAAUUGGAUGCGACAUCUACAAUGUCAACUGCGUCAAUCACUUCACGCCCAUCACCUACCAGGCCUACUCCCUCUACUCUCCCAUAUUCGCCCACACCUACCUCAUCUGGAUGAUACACUUUGCUGACAUACUCCGAGACUCACUCGAGAGACUACGGGCAGAAUUUAGAUGCCACGAUUGUUCCAACUUCAACUCUGUCUACCAGUGUGAGAAGGUCAUGCCUCUACUCUACCUACACGGAUUCACUCCUCCGGAUGGUACAUCGAAACUGUCACUCACUUGUGCGGAUGUCGUCAAAACGCUGGAUGCCGUAGUCUACGGCAGGCCUGUCGCGAACCUUAUCAGCUUAACGGACGAGUUCCUCUACAGAGUGCGAAAACCCUUCAUCUUAUUCGGCCUCGCAAUCUGGUCUCUCACAGCUGUAUACUUCGCCCACAUCGCAAUUUGCCGUCUGGACGUUUUGCGUCUCCUGUCGCACCGCAUUCGCACCAAGGCAUCGCAUCUCAUCAAUAUCGCGGCGUUACUCGCUCAUGGCAUAAGAAUGCCCUCACUCUACGACAUCCAGUACUUCGACGACGAUCUACACACCUACUGGUUUUAUUAA